UAGCCUAGAAGAGGAGCGACGAACGAUGAAGGGGUUCGGGAGACUGGUUCGGCGAGCCAUUUCAUACCGACGACGAAGCUUGGAAUCUCCUUCCAACCAUUUCUUCUUUUCUCGCCGAUAUUUUAUAUCUGCUUCAGCUGCAUCAACCUCAUAUUUAAAUCACUCUGGUUUCGCUUCCUUGAAAUUGUCUACGGUUUCUUCUUCCCCCUUUGCUAAAUGGGGUCUCUUCGCCGGGCAAAAGAGAAGCAUGUUUAUCCAAACUCAAUCCACACCAAAUCCGUCAUCUUUGAUGUUUUAUCCUGGGAAGCCUGUAAUGGAGGUUGGUAGUGCAGACUUUCCAAAUGCGCGGGCGGCCUUGAAUUCACCAUUGGCGAAAGCCCUUUACGGAGUUGAUGGUAUUACCAGGGUGUUCUUUGGAUCAGAUUUUAUUACUGUUACAAAGUCAGAAGACACUUCCUGGAAUGUUUUGAAGCCUCAAAUCUUUGCUGCAAUAAUGGACUUUUAUUCUUCUGGACAGCCACUCUUUCUAGACAGUGAAACUGCGGCGGCCAAGGAUACAGCUAUUCAUGAGGAUGAUUCAGAAACUGUAGCAAUGAUCAAAGAAUUGUUGGAAACGCGAAUUCGACCAGCAGUGCAAGAUGAUGGUGGAGACAUUGAGUACCGAGGAUUUGAUAUAGAUACUGGAAUAGUAAAAUUGAGAAUGCAAGGAGCAUGUAGUGGCUGCCCAAGCUCCUCAGUCACUCUGAAAUCUGGCAUUGAGAAUAUGUUGAUGCAUUAUGUACCUGAGGUCAAAGCUGUAGAGGAAGAAUUAGAUGCCGAAGAAGAAGAUGCAGCACUGAGUGGUCAGAUGGAAUAGGUGAAUAAAUUACUUUAUUUGCAAACAUUUUAUCACACAACUUUAGCUCACAAGGGAUUUGGGAUACAAUUUCCUGUACAGAAAACAAAGUUGAUUUUGGCUGAGUCUGUAGAAUAAAUAUUGUGAACUGGUUAGCAAAUAGAUGCGGAGUAGUAAGAAUAAGAUUUAAGGUAUUAUGGAGAUUAUUGUGCUAACUAGAUUUCUGCCUUAUGUCUCACAAAUUCUACUGUUGUCUGGCAACGGCUGGUCGAAUUUUGGAAUUGUCAUAAUUUUUCUCUUGGAA